AUGGUUUUAUUAGGGAAACUGUUAAAAGGUCGCUCCACCCGAGCUCCAAAAGAUCUUCGCGGCGUCCGCAUCCGCCAAGUCCACAUGCAAAUCCAAGCGGAAGACCUCAAAAACGAAGAAGAAUUUCACAAGAAAAAGCGUGAGCACCUGCGCAACACCAUCCAAGAAGAACAAAAGAUCACAAAUUUCAAUAAAAAGAAAAUCGUCACAGAGUGGCGCAAAAUCAUGAGAAUGGCCAAAACAGACGAGCUCAAGCGUGAAAUUGAAAUUUAUUCUCAAAAUCACGAGCGUGAGGUCGAUUCCAAAGACGCUGUCAUGCAAAUGCUAGACCGUGACCUAGAAGAAGCUGAAGAACAAUACCAGACUGCCCUCAGGAAUUUUAUGAUCCAUGUCGACCGCUUAUUAGCCUUACAAGAUUCCAGACUCCAAGGGCUAGAAGAAGAAUUCAAGCGUGAUUUGAAAAUUUUGGAGGAUGAAUUUAUGCUGGAAAGAAAAGAAAUCGUGGAAAAUCAUAAACAGGAAAAAAAGGAGCUGCAGGAUGUAAUAAAUGCGGUACAGGAAGAAGAAAAAAGGAAGCAGGAUCAGAUAAAGUCAAGACACGAGACAAAUCUUGAGGGAAGCAAAAGAAACGAGGAGACGUCGAUUUUGCAGAGAAUUCUGGAAAGCAAGACAAAUGACUUGAAGAGGGAGCUAGAUAUGAAUUUUACGAAUUAUCAGCAGGGGAGCAAGGAUUUUAAUACCAACUUUUUUAAGCUGAUGAACCAAAAUAAAGAAGACCAGAAAAAGAUUGAAAGACUGCAUAGAAGGGUUGAGGCAUAUAAGGACGCUAUAGAAAAAUUUUAUACUAUAUAGUCUGAAAUAGCAAUAUAUUAAAAAAAAUUUUUAUAUAAAGAUAAGUUAGAAAAAUAAAGCAUAAAAUCAGAAGCCAGCAAAACUGAAAAAGAGUGCGAAGCAAGAAACCAAGCUUUGAAAAACGAGCUCGACACUGUUACGCAGCAUUAUCAUGAACUUAAGAGAAAAAUGGUCCAAUUCAGAGAAGAAGAGGUCAAAAGGCUUACCCAGCUUAUAAACAACUCUAGAGACACUUCUAGCAAGCUGACAGAUCAAGUCAACCUUGGCGAAAAAAUACUCAAACUUGCUGAGCUAUGCAGAAAACUGGAAACUGAAAAAGAAAAAGUUGUCCCAUUUUUCACAUCUGACCCUGAAGCUGUAGAAAAUGCCCAGGAUAUGCUGAAUAAUGAUAGAAAUGCUCCGAUUGAUCAAGAAUUAAGAACGGCAAUGGAAGAAAACAAUAGAGAAAUUUUACAAUUUUUGAACCCUGAGUAUGCAUAUGAUGAAUUUGUAGCAUUGGAAAAUUUUUAUAAAAGAUUUAAUAAGGUACUGCUUGAUAAAUUGGCAAUUGACAAGCAGAAAAAACAGCUGGAAAAAGAUAACUUGUUCUUCAAGAGUUUAUUGAAACAAUACCUUGAUGGUGUCUCUGUUAAUGAAGAUGUGAUGGCUGCUCCUAACCCACUAUUGGUGAUCAACAAUAGAAUCCAAUUAAACAGACCUCCUGUAGAACAAGUAGAAAAGACGGUUAUUGAAGCAGCUCAUGUAAUUCAAAAUCGUAUAAGACAAUAA